CAUUGUCCUCGAAGGGAUAGAAUUUGCCGACUCAGAUGAGGCUACAAGGUGUACGAUAUUAGACUACUCGCUAGAUGCGUUCGAAGAUUUCACCAAUUAUCUUUACGAGUGCGUUUUGUUGCUCCUCGUGGCUACUGAACCGUUUCGGGCUUACUGUGUCACAAACAAGUCCCGUCGAUUCUCCCCUUUCCGCCCCCAAAGCUCAUCUCCAACUAAAGCCCGUACUCAAUAUCCUUCAAGUUGCACAUAAAUGUGGUGCCGAACAUAUUGAGAAGCGUGCACUGAGCGUCGAUGCAUUGAUGUCUUUCGGAUCGCGAUCGACAUCGAACAGUUAGCCAUGGCGGAGAACGCAUGGACCAUAAUGGUGGGGAAGUUUCUAAAUGGAGAGCUUGGCGCUCGAUCCCUGCUUGAUGAAGGGAUGGAAUCUCGUCAGCCCCGGUUCUUGGGUUCGGCGUAUUAUAUCGUCAUGCUUAAAGGACCGAAAAAGUGGCUCAACGAUUUGAAGCUCAGUGAAGAGGAGAUUUCUCGACUGGUCCAGGCGUUCCAUCAUUGCACCGAAGAAUGGGACAACUUUGAAUUGCGUGUCAGCGAGGGCGAUUUUGAUAUCCCGGACCAUCUGGUUUGUCAUCGAACACCACCUCCAGAGCAAUACACCGCACCCGAUCAGGAUACGCAUUCCAGCCCCACACGCAUCAUAAGUCCUAUUGUCGAACAUAUCGCCAAGUCAGGAAGGACGUCUGGUGCGGGUGCGGUUGCCACCAGCGUUCUGACCACCGGAUGAAUGAUCUGACACGAUGCGCCAACGAAACAUUGGCUUCAAUUGAGGCUAAGCU